GCAGCAGCCUGAUGGGGAGUGCCCCCCCCUCCUCCUUCAUGGGGGGCUUCCUGAGUGGCAGCCUGGGCUCGGGGGGGCCCAGCCACCCCGCCGGUCCCGCCGCCUCCCCCCCAGAACCGGCCUUCUGCGGGCCCCACUCCGGCACCUCCCAGAUCUGGUUCUCCCACUCCCACGAAGCCCCAGGGUACCCCCGCUUCUCUGGGAGCUUGGCCUCCACCUUCCUGCCCAUGGGCCACCUUGACCACCACGGCAAUGGCAACGUGCUCUAUGGCCAGCACCGUUUCUACGAGAGCCAGAAAGAUAACUUCUACCUGCGGAACCUUCCGGCGCAGCCCCCCCUGCUCCCCGCCAGCCACGGCCCCCCCCCUGUGGGAGAGGAGAGGAAGGGGGGGCCCUACCUGGACCCCUUUGGCACGGGGCUGGUGCGGGCACAGGAGGUGCCCAAUGCCCCCGACGAGGUGUCGGCCAUGAAGAACCUGCUCAAGUACAGCAACGGGGCGCUGCUGGGGGGGCAGAAGGGCCCCCCCUUCGUGGGGCUGGGCAGCGCCAAGGGCAGCUGCGCCCACCAGGAUGCCAAAUUCCCAUCGGGAAAGGGUCAGCCCGAGCGAGGCACCGGGCGGCAGCGGGCGGCUGCUGGAGUCAAAGCAGGCACGGCGCGCCCCGUGCACCUGAUGGAGCUGGAGGCGGAGGAGGAGCGGGGCCGGCUGUGCGAGGAGCGCCUGGGGCUGGCCGGGAGGGACAUCCUGCUGCAGGACAACAAGGACCUGGUGGAGUUUGCCCGGAUGCACCCGUCGGGGGGGUGUCCCGGGGAGCUGACCCCCCACCUGAUGAUGACGGGGGGCUCGUCACUGCCGGCGGGGCAGCUCGGGGGGGACCCCGCCGCCCACGCCCACCCUGCGCACACGCACUGGCUGCCCCGCACCCGCAGCCCCUCCAUCUGGAUGGGGGGACACUCCUACGGCAUCGGGCACCCUGCCCUGCACCAGAACCUGCCCCCUGCCUUCCCUGCCUCCAUGCCCAGCGCCAUGCAGCCCGUGUUCCCCCUCGCCCAGGACCCCCCUGCCCAGCUCGUCAUCCUCCCCACCGAGCCCCCCACCCACGGCACCCCCCACACGCUGGCCGACGUGAUGGACCAGGCGUCACUGUGGCCCCCCAUGUACCCGGGCCGGGGUCCUGGUGCCCACCUGCAGCACACGGGGCAGCUCCCUGUGUACCCACGGUCGCAGUUCCUGCGGCAGCAGGAGCUCUAUGCCCUGCAGCAACAGCAGCAGCAACAGCAGCAGCAACAGCAGCAGCAGCAGCAACAACGGGCAGCCCUCGAGAUCCAGCGCCAGGUGCACGGCCAGGGGCCCUCAGGGAUCCCCGGCAUCGCCCUGCUCAGCGAACUCGCCGACCUGGAGCUGCGCCGGCGCCGCUGCGACCUGGCCAGGGAAGGUGAGGAUGAGGAGCUGCUGGCCUUCAACCUGCAGAACCUGGCCACGGUGGCGGCCGCCUGGUCGCUGGUGGAGGCAGCAGAGCGGGAGGGCAGCCCCCCUGCCCUCAGCCCCCUGCCCGUGCCCCCCCGCGCCCGCGUCCCCCGCCGCAAGUACACCUGGACCCCCAAAACCAAGGCCGUGUGCCCGCUGAAGGCGGCCAUGGAGCAGCUGAACACGCAGGAGGUGGAGGUGCGGAUGCGCCUGGCCGAGCUCCAGCGCCGCUACAAGGAGAAGCAGCGGGAGCUGGUGAGGCUGCAGCGGCGCCACGACCACGAGCGUGACGAGAGCUCCCGCAGCCCCGCGCGGCGCGGGCCGGGCCGGCCGAGGAAGAGGAAACACUCCAGUGCCCUGGGCAGGGCUGAGAGCCGCAAGGUCAAGGCAGUGAAGACCAGCCUGUCCCUGCUGUGUGCCGAGCUCCGGGGGGACCCUGAGCCCCAGAAGAAGAGGAGCAAACUGGCAGGGGGGACCUUCAGCAGCCUGCAGGGCUCCCCGCUGAAGCAGAAGGUGAAGGGCAAGGGGUUGCCCCCUGGGCUCAGCCCCUUCCGCCGGAGGGACCCCAACCCUGGUGCCCGCAUCCAGAAGAAGCUGAACCGGCCCAAGGGCUCCAAGGGCUCCAAGUACCAGGGGCAGGACCCCGGUCCCCGGCAGCCCCCCCACUUCAGAGACGAGCCUGAGGGUGACACUGACAGCGAGGAGGGGGACGAGGAGCCGGGGCUGUCACUGCCCACAGGGCCAGUGGCUGUGCUGGGACCCUCCCCAUCCUCCGUGGUGAAGAUGGAGGCCAACGAGAAGGCCAAGAAGAAGAAGGAAAGGCAGGGGCUGCUAGGUCCCUGCCGCCUGGGCAGCCCCGAGGGCGAGGUGAAGAUCAAGCGGCGGCCGGUGAAGCCGGGGGGCGCCGGGAAGCUGGAGAAGGUUCCGGGCCGGCGGAAGGCGGGGGGCUGCCCCGAGGGCAGCAAGAAGAAGCUGAAAGCCAAGGCCAAGGAGAGCCUGAGGCCCCCUCGCAAGAACGGGGCACUCUCGCUGGCCCUCUCCCCCCGGAGCGCCAAGACCAUCCUGAGCAAGGGCAAGAAACUGGCCAAGGUCAAGAGCAAAGUGGCCACCAAACAGGUGAGACCCGUGGGGGUGCCCCCCACCUUAGCCCCGGGCACCAAGGUGGGUGCUGAAUCCCUUCUGUGCCCCCUCCCCAGCUACAGCAUCAUCAUCGAGGGUGAGCGGGGGAACCGGCAGCACAUCUACUCGCAGGAGCAGCUGCUGCAGGAGGCGGUCCUGGACGUCCGGCCGCAGUCCCGCCGCAGCCUUCCCCCCGGCACCCGCGUCUGCGCCUACUGGAGCCAGAAAUCCCGCUGCCUGUACCCGGGGAACGUGGUGCGAGGUGAGGCUGGGGGUCAGCCGGAGGACGCCGAGGCCGUGCUGGUGGAGUUCGAUGACGGGGACACGGGACACAUCGCUGUGUCCAACAUCCGCCUGCUGCCCCCCGACUUCAAGAUCCAAUGCACCGAGCCCUCCCCGGCCCUGCUGGUGUCCAGCUCCUGCCGGCGGGCCAAGCGGGCGUGUGGCGACGUGGGCACCCCUGGGGCGCUGCCCCCCACGCUCUGCCCCGACCACGGCCCCCAGCCCCCCCGGAAUUCCGGCAGGAAGGCGGCUGGCAAGGAGAAAAGUGGCAAAGCCGCGGAGGGGCUGUCGGGGGGCCGGGGGCCAGCGCUCGGUGACAGCACGGCCGGGCGGCGCGGGGGCUCCCUGCUCAGCUGGGCCGCCGUGGCACAGACCAAGCGGAAGGCGGCGAGCAAGGGCUCGGCCGUGCUGCAGAACCUCUUCCAGGUCAACGGCAGCGCCAAGAAGCUGCGGGCCAAGGAGAGCCUCUUCCCCCUGCACCACCACCACCACCACCUCGCCGCCCCCGUCUUCGGCAACGCCUUCGGCGCCGACUCCUUCGGCCGCAUCGCCAGCUCCUACGGCUCCUUCCCCCCGCUGGGCAGCCACGGCUACGGACACGCCGGCCUGGGCGGCCGGGAGCGCAGGGGCCGCGCGGCCGCGCACCCGCUGCCCGUGGGGCUGGCGCUGCGCAAGUACUCGGGGCACGGGGACUUCGCCCUGAACUGCGACAGCGACUGCCACAGCUCCUACUCGGACAUGGACGAGGACGAGGACGCGGCCGGGCUCGGCGCCGACGUCCCCUCGCGCUUCAUGACGCGCCUCUCCGUCUCCUCCUCUUCCUCGGGCUCCUCCACCUCGUCCAGCUCCGGCUCCAUCUCCACGUCCAGCCUGUGCUCCUCGGACAAUGAGGACUCCUCCUACAGCUCGGAGGACGAGGACUCGGCGCUGCUGCUGCAGACCUGCCUGUCGCACCCGGUGCCGGCGCUGCUGGCGCAGCCGGACGCUCUGCGGCCCAAGGGCGCCGCGCCCCAGCGCUGCUUCCUGUCCAAGGCGGCCGCCGCCGGCCCCAAGGCCAAGCUCAAGCGCAAGGAUCCCCUCAGCUUCGCCAAAGCCAAAGAGUUCUCCCGGCGGCAGCGCCUGCCCUCGGUGGAAAACCGGCCAAAGAUCUCCGCCUUCCUGCCCGCGCGCCAGCUCUGGAGGUGGUCGGGGAACCCCACGCAGCGGCGCGGCAUGAAGGGCAAGGCGCGCAAGUUGUUCUACAAGGCCAUCGUGCGGGGCAAGGAGACGCUGCGCGUGGGCGACUGCGCCGUGUUCCUGUCGGCCGGGCGGCCCAACCUGCCCUACAUCGGCCGCAUCGAGAGCAUGUGGGAGUCCUGGGCCAGCAACAUGGUGGUCAAGGUCAAGUGGUUCUACCACCCCGAGGAGACCAAGCUGGGCAAGCGCCAGAGCGACGGCAAGAACGCGCUGUACCAGUCGUGCCACGAGGACGAGAACGACGUGCAGACCAUCUCGCACAAGUGCCAGGUGGUGGGGCGGGAGCACUACGAGCAGCUGACGCGCGGCCCUGGGGGGACCCCCAGGGACCCCCGCCCGGGGGGACCCUGCACCCCUGGGAUGUCCCCGGCCGAGGGGACAAGGCCACCACAGGGUCCCUGA